UCUGCUGCGCAAAAGGCAUCUUGCUUUGCAAAGAGAAGCACCAAUUUUAUAUCUGGAUUUUUUCAUCAUUAUUACUGGAAUUUGUGAUCAACUAAAUGCAUAACUAUAGAAUUUCCAAAACAACCAAACAGUGCUUCGGUUUUGUGACAAGAUAUCGCUGUACCAAAUGAACUUGAAGCUUCAACGACCUUGAGGUCAUCCCUAGAGUCCAGCAAAGUAUUUUUACAAGGAGAACUGCUAACUCGGCGUCACCUUCAAAGACUGGUACUAUGGAGGAAGAAUCACCUAAAACAUUAAUUUCAUGUCUAAAUCCUUCGGAAGCAAAACGUGUGAAAGCUAAAAGCUUACCAACAGGUAGGCGACCAGGAGCAGUUGAUCAUAAGGCACUGUUUUCAGCAUUCGAGAAAGAAGAACAAGAACAAACUAAAGUAAAAAAAUCCAGUGAAAAAAAUGGGAAUCGCUACUCUUGUUUCUCGUUCCAGUCUUCAGAUCCGAAGCGUUCAUCUGACGAUGAUUCAUCACUAAACUCUGACACUUCCUGUUCUUCUGUCGAAUUCCACAGACCUAGUGAUUUUAAUAGGGAUUCCAAUUUGGAGAAAAAUACACCAGUUUUAUCAAAAAAUCAAGAAUCACAAUAUAAUACAAAUAAUUACAAUUCGUUUCGCCAGCUAAGUUCAAACAGCGACCAGUUUUUCAAAACCUCAAACGUUUUUCUUGAUAUUUCGUACAGGUGCGGUAAGAAGGAUUCAACUAUUUCAAGUCGUUCUUCCAAGAGCUCCACCGACAGCUGGAGCAGGAAGGAACGUCGAGAAGCUCUGAAAGCUAGAGUGGAAGCGAAGAGGGAGCAACUCUGUGGUUCGUCAUCAUCGGAUGAUGAAUCAAAUGAAACCAUAGAUCGUUAUUACAGUGAUGAGGCUCUUCAUCGCUCUUCUAGAGAAAAUCGUAGUCGAUUUAGCAGAACAGAUAGACAUUUCAAGCGAAGAUCACAAGAAGAAUUUUCUUUUAAUAAAUUAGCUAAAAAUGGAACAACAGAAGCACUCCUUCUGGACAAGAAACCAGAAGAAUGUCAGAAGAAACCUCCCCCAGCUCCUCAGGGUAACUCUGGUGUAGUUUGGCAAGAAUCUAUUUUAUACCGGGAUCCAGUAUUUGACCCCUAUAUUAAGUCACCAAAUUUAGAUUCCUCUCAAUCCAGCUACCAUAGUGCUUUAGAGUCAACAAAGGAGAACUAUUAUUUUUAUCAUCAUCCUCACUGCAUUAGCAGGCGUACGGAUUCAGAAAACAUACAGCCAAAUGGUCGACCAAUCAAAGAGAAAAAACCUUCUCCAGUGAGGGAGCUGACUGUUUGUGUUAUUGGAGGAAAGCAAAAUUCUGGGCAAGUAUCACAUCCGUCUCCUCAAGAUUCUGGAGUAAGCUCGCAAUCAGUUGCCUCUAGUCCAAGUCUGGGACGGGCACCAACUCCGCCUCCUAGAUCACCUCAGUCUAAAGUGGUAGUCAAUGAAACAGCUCAACAACUGAGAAGUUCUCACCCUACAUCUACUACUACUACUACUACUAUCACUACUAUAAAUCAAGCAUUGAGCAAGCGACCUCACAUUUCCACAAUGGAAACUAUAGGUCAGAGUAAUUGCACUAAGUCUUUACAGACCGAAACUUAUACAGAAAGGCCUUUCUGCAUAACUGGAAGUGAUAUGAAUACGCGCCCGCUUGAGGUCAACCAAAAUAUUAUAAAAAUACCAGACUCUCUUAUGCCAAUCCGAGCAUAUAACAAUAAACAUCUAAAAGACAAUUUCAGACCCACAAAAAGUUACCCCAAAAACAACGGCCCCAUUAAAACACUAAAAGGGAUGCCUGCUUACACUGAUGUUCCUCCAUACCGAAUUCUAGCUUCAAUAAGUCAAUCUAAAGUACCUGUUUAUUCGUAUACAGACCAGGCACCAUUAUCUACACAGCCAGACCAGGCAAGCCAUGGUCCUUACGAACAAGGGACUCAAGCGUAUAUGAGUGACUCACAGGUAGUUGCAAGAAAAAGAUAUGGAUUUGUAGGACGAUCUUUAUCAGAUGGCAAAAAAGGUUUGGGUAGUCACUUGUCAAUUUACAACAAUGAAGGUUCUUGCCAAAUUACAGAUCAAUCUGGUGCAAACCAAACCAAGGAAUCUAGCAUACAUAACAGAAUUUCGUCUUCUGGUGUUUCGUCUAUAAUGAAAGCUCCCUUAUCUCCAACAUUAAUAAGUGAUCAGAUCUACUUGGACUUAAUUAAACAAAAUGAGUAUUCUAGAUCUUCUACUACUCGAGUUUAUGAGAAAUCAGAUUCACUAGAAAGUCCAAAUAAUCAGCCUGAAAAGAGCUUUUUGUCACCGUCCUAUAGUGCACCAAUUCCACCUACAAGAAGACAUUCAUCAGCCACUCUUUGUUUAGAUGCUAAGAAAAAAAGAAUGGAUCAAUUCAUGCAACGUGAGAUGGAGAAAAGGUGUUCUAAAAAUUUUGAAGAUGCACUGCAAGAACUGGAAGAAAUGUACCGAAGUCUGAAAUUGAAUGACGAUGACUUGUUAGACAGAGCAGAAAGACGUGAUCUUCCUAUAAAGUUUCAGCUAUCACGACCAACACGUUUGGAAUUCUCACAAAAUUCAUUGAACCCUGAUAAAAAAAGUAAUUCUCAUUCCGAUGUUAUUAAUUAUUCGACGAUCCGGAAAGACGAUGAUAGUAUACAAUCUUCAGCAGGUAUUACAGAGAAGGAAAGCUUUGAUUAUGGUCUAAGCUUGAAUCAGUUGCGUCGAACAAGAACUCCACCUACCAGACGUUCAGCUGUGCCAGAUAAAGUUACCGAUGAUGCAGCGUACAGGAGAAUUCAAAAGAAUGUUAAAGAGAGCCCAACAAGUCCAGAAAACAAUGGUAACAUGAGUUAUCUUUUGUGUUCUCCGGCUUUUACUCCAACAGUAGAGGUUGAAGAAUUCUUCAAAGGUUUUCCUCUCACAAAGCAACCAGAUAUAGAGCAUGACGACAUGGCUUAUCGUUUCUUUAAAAUGGCAGAUGCUGCUAAAGUCCUAGAUCCACCACCGCCUUUUGGAAUUCCUAAAGAUCCUGCUACUCAAGCAUCAGCUUCUAACUAUCUCCAGGCCACACCAGUUGAUGUUCAGCGAAAAUUUUGUCGACCAAAAAGAACUCCUGAUGUGGUGCUAGAUGACGUAGCGUUUCGUAACCUACGCAGAGACAAUCAAUUAUGUAAUAAAGAAAACAUUCCCAGCAUGGUGUUUCAAGAAGUUGAUGGAACUUUCAAAGGACUGAAGUCAACUACUGAAUGUUUUGGCAAGAAGAAACAUCGUGCAGUGCGUUCUCUUUCAGCAAAUAUUGCACAUAUUGUGGAAAAAGAAGAAAAAGAAGCCACGUUGCCUUUCGAAAGAGCACAAAGUAUGACUGAUAUUAUUGCUGCUUUAGAAAAACAAGCGUCAGAAUGGGAGAAAUUUGGAGGUUCUGUCAAGCCAGAAGAAUCUUCUUCUACAGUUACGGAAACACCACAGACAACAAUGAAAGGGAGACAUUAUCCGGGUAAUAGUUCUAGUAUUCAAAGUGAAAGAACGAUUGAUCAUCUCACAAGUACGGAGACUUUGACUGAGAGUCGCGCAGAAAUUGAAAAUCGUGUGAAAACGUGGAAUUAUCCAGGAAAAUCUAGUCAAAAAAACCAAGUAGCGAUAUUAAAAGACAACCCUAAAGAUGGGCAGUCAGAGAAAUGGCACAUUCGAGUGACUACCCCCAGUUCCAAAACUGCUCGUCAAGGGAAAAGACCACUUUCUCUUAAAGUCUGGACUUACGAUAAACACUCUCAGGUACCUCACGCUAACCUACUAAGCCCAAGUGGGAUUAAAUCUUCACUUGUUACACCUCCAAGAAAGACAUUAGUUCCACCCAAACGAAUGCCACAUGAAUUUUGGUCAGAUACUGAAGGUCGACCAAAGAGUAAAGUCACCCCUUUUGAUGAAAGACACCUGGAUGAGUUAUUAACGUCUUUACUGGCGAAUACAAGUCCUAGCCAAUCACCAACCUGGCCUUCGUUCAAUCAUCAAGGAUACUCGACUGGAUAUGAAGCCAAAAAAGUCACCGAUGUUCCAGGUGAGCUGCAUGGUGUAAGCGUUAUUGUUUGAUGUGUAAUUUCAAUUCACUCACACCUUCGGGAACCAGUUCAGGUUCAAACCAAGUAGCUGAAGACGAGAAGGAAACCACGAACAUAGACUUGUUGUUGCAUGUUGCCUGUGAGAGCCUCCAUGUGGUAACCAGUGCACGCGUCGCAUGAAACUGCAUGGUGUUUUUUCAGACUCUUAUACUGAGCUUUAGUUUUGUGAAACAUUAGUAUGUGAAAUACGCUUCAGAGCCUAAAAUAUGUCCAACUAACAUCUGUAACGCUCAUUAUGUAGAUAUGAAUUUAAUUAAUGUCAUAUGUUUUAUGGUUUCGUAAUGACGAAAUGAAAAAAUUUUAACAUUUUGUUAUGAACUUUUCUUUUUUGUUUUAAUUAAUGAGCGUGUGUUUUUAUUAAUGACACAUUUUGACCGUGUUUUGUUUUCAAGUUUUUAUAAUAGUUUUAGUUUCAGCUUCAGUUCUUUAAAUGUAACAUGUAGCUGUAAAUAUUAAUGAAGUAGUUAUAAUCCAGAAGCCUGGUGUUAAAUAAUGUUAUUAAUUCAAAGAAUGUUUAUGUGUUUAUAUAUAUAUUCUUAUGUUGACUUAUUCACAGUCGUUUUCUGGAACUUUUAAUAUUCUUUGUGUAUUUUUAUUUGCAUUAUGUGUAUGGAAUUUACUUGACCAAAAACCCAUAUCCUAGUGUCGUUCUCUAUAUUCCCGUGGAAUAAACUUACAUAAUUCUUUGUUAUAGGUAAUUAUCUUAUUUA